CACGUUUUGUUUUCCAUCAUUUAUAUUCUGUAUUCUCUUUAAUUGAUGUGUCUGUCUUGAUCGAUCUUAUGUCCGGCCUUCACCUUCUUGCUUGUCUCGUUUCACUCCCGGUCUCUUCAUCGUGCACUUUUCUUAAUUCAGAAUUCAUGUUUCUCAUUCGUACAUAUAUCUGUGUAUCACGUCGACAUCAUGAUCUCUUCCUCCUCCUCCGUUUCUGUCCUAUUAAACCUUUUUGCCGCGGUCUGUAUAUCGUCCUCCUCAUCUUCAAAACCUAUCUUCCUCUUCGUUUUCACCACCGACUGUGGUGGUGUAUUGGCCAUGUUCCUUCUUUCUGCAUUCGCCUUCUGUGACUUUUUCAGCGACG